AUGGCUUCCCCCAUGGAGCUCACCGUGCAUCACCAAGGCACCGCGCACAACUUUUCCCUCUCCGCCUCCGCAACCCUCCAAGACCUCUCAGCAACAAUAGAAGCAUCUCUGAACAUCCCCACAGCAAACCAGAAGCUCCUCAUUGCCCCAAAGCCAGGAAUGCAAAAGGCGCCAUUCCCACCAACACGCCUAGACACAAUUCUCCAACUCUCCUCCCCAAAGUUCAAAAUCACCCUCCUCGGCACCCCAGCCCAAGCCAUCGCCGACCUAAACACCCAAGCCGAGACAAAUCGCCGCCACGAAGAAGCCCGAGCCUCCGCCCUCGCAUCCGCACGCCGGAACAAAAAAACACCCACGCGAUCAAACAACACCAUCGCCACACUCUCCUCCUCCAGCAAAUCCUACACCUUCCACAAACUCCUCCCACUAUCCUACCUCCCCCGCCCAGAGCGCUCCCUCGAUUUCCUCAAACGUCUCCGCGACGACCCCGGCAUCCGCGCUGCAAUGGGUGUAUCGCGCACGCCGGGCCUAAAUCGUAAUCGCGGCGAGGUAAUCGAGCUCCGUCUCCGCACAGAUGCAUACGACGGAUACCGCGAUUACCGAACGAUUCGCAAAACGCUCUGCCACGAGCUGGCGCAUAACGUUUUUGGGGAUCAUGAUCGCGAUUUCUGGAAUUUAACGGCUCAGAUUGAGCGGGAGGUUGAGGCCGCUGAUACCAGUGCUGGUGGGAGGAGAUUGACGCAGCAGGAGUUUUAUAAUCCGGGGGAUUGGGAGCAGGCGCAGGGUGAGGAGGAGGUUGAUGAGUGUGGGUGGACGGGUGGGGAGUUUGUUCUUGGUGGCUCGUCGGGCUCUUCUGCUUCUGCUUCUGGGGAGUCGAGGAGGGAGGCUAUUGCGCGUGCGGCGGAAGAGAGGUUGAAGAAGGAGAGGCGGGAUGAGGAGGCUUCUUGA